AUGAACGUAACGGAUAUCAGAUCCCUCGAAGUUUUUCGUUCUAUCAAGAACAUCAUUUCCGAUGUUGAUAUAGUCUUACUACUUAUCGGAUAUAGCAUCGUUGUCAUUAUUAUCUUAAACGAAAUUUUGCAAUAUUAUUUGUCUUUUACAACAAUUUUUGAGGAUGCAGCAGUUUCAUCGGGAACAGAUAUACAAUCAUUAUCAAACGAAAAAACGCGCGACACGUUUAAGAAUACUUCAGCGGUGAUCCCGUCAAACACAGAAGUAUCAAAUGAGAAGAAAUAUAACUUAACAAAAGACGCCUCAACUAAUAUCAUGUCAGAAGAAGCAACAACUGAGAAAAGACCAAAAGAUUUGGCUGUUACUAUUGCAUCAAACGCGAUUACAGAAUCCUCUUCAUCAAAUGGAAAAGAGUCAUAUUUAUCAAAAAAUUCUUCCAUUUCAUAUACCGUUACAAAAGCAACAAAAGUUGACCGAGAAGCAUCAGCUGCUUCUGUAUCAGAUACAAAUACGCAAUCAAUAUCAAAUCAGACGGAAACACCAGCAGAAGUGUCAUUAGAUACAGACACAGAUACACCGGCAACCGAAAAAGAAGCUGAUUUUCAAAAAUCUUCAGUUACAGACAAAAUUGACAUGAAUAUACCAAAUAUUAAUAAAGGUGAUUUACCGGCAAAAUUAGCUGCAACGGUUUUGAACCUAGAAAUACGAGAAUCAUCAAAUGAAACCAAACCACUUGAAGAUCCUACAGUCGUUAUUGCACAAUACACAGAAAUUUCAAAUGAAAACGAUCUCGAAUCACCCGAAAACUUGGCGUUGGAUCCUGGUUUGGUAGAUUCAAUAAAUGAAUCAGAACCGGAUUUUUCUGAGGACUCGGUUGAUGAAGAAGCAUCGGACUCGAAUAUGAAAGCUUUAUUAAACGAAUCUCAUUUAAUAGAUAAUCAAUCGUUAAUCAGUAAAGAGGAAAUCGAUUCACAUGAAGACUGGUUUAUUGAGAACAUGUCGGAUAUAGAAUUACAAGAAACAGGAGCAUUACUGUCUGCAAAAAAAGAACCAGAGUUUGCUCAAGAACCUUCAACUAAGAAGGAGUCGGAUAUAGAAAUGGACGAACUAUUGAUUGAAAAGGAAACAAAUUUUCUUGAAUGCUCAUCAGUUGCUAUCAUGACGGAUCCAAAUAUCCAAUCAUCAUCAAUAAAUGCGUCUUUUGACGUGUCUCUGUCAUCAAUAGAAAGUGAGGAUUCAACUUCGAUUUCACUCUCUCAAAUUAACGCGUUAAUCGCUGACUCCGAUCGUGUCGAGAUGAACACUGAAAAUUUUAUUCCCAUUUCUCCAUCACAAGAGCAAGCAUUGACUGAAGGCAUUGUAGAAUCAAAAUCAGCGGAAAUCGGCGCCGAACUGAAUAAUGAACAAGAAUCUGAUCCGGUUGACGGAAAAUCCGAAAUUUCAGCGUCCGAUACGCGUCCUUGCAUAGAUCGAUUGAGUAAUUUCUCCACCCAUCCAAAUUCUUCAAAUCUUCAUAAUAUUCCUUAUUCGACCCUCUUAAUGGACUCUCCUGUUGAUAUCUUGAGAACUUCAAGAUCCUUUUCACAAUCGGAAUCACCAUUAUUAAUAAAUCUAAAACCAUUUUUGGAUAUUAUUCCUUCGAUGGAAUCGAAGUACGAUCAACAGUUAUCGUCAACGACGUCCGAAACAUUCAAUACACAAAUUGAAUCACCAAAGAUCUCCGACUCAGUUGAGGACAAUGAGAUUUCCUCACACAAGAGUCUAAACAACACAAUAUUACGUAAUAUCGCUCAUAAAUAUUUCCCUCCAGAACGUGAAGAGAGGGUAAGCCUCAUAAUAAAUGGAAAUCACUUGAUAAAGGACACUUCCCUAAUUGGUGAUUCACGAGUAAUUGGUAAUACAGUCGCACCUCUUUAG